CAGCGGGGGCUGCGGCAGAACAGCGCGGGAGCGGAGCGAGCGCAGUGUCAAGUGCAGCCGUUUCCUCCAUUUGCUCCCAGUUGUCUUCAGUAUGGGAGAACAGAACCAAUCUUCUGGGAAGGAGCUCCAGCACAGGACGAGAGCAGAGACUCCAGGAAAGAAACUCUGGCCCUCUCAGGCCUAUGCCCUUGGGGCUAUUUCCAACUUUAUGUCAACUUUUCUGACUUUUCCUGUUUAUAAGGUCGUGUUUCGGCAACAGAUCCAUGCUGUGGCAGUGUCUGAGGCUGUGAGACAGCUUUGGCAUGAAGGCCCCCGAUACUUCUACCGGGGAAUCUACCCGCCUCUUCUCUCCAAGACAUUGCAAGGGACUCUACUCUUUGGGACCUAUGAUAGCCUGCUGAGCUUGCUCUCCCCCGUUGGGCCUCACUCCCUGGGGCAACGCUGGGAAGCAGGGCUCAUGUCUGGUGUGGUCGAGGCUGUGGCGCUCAGCCCCUUUGAAAGGGUGCAGAAUGUGCUUCAGGAUGGUCGCAAGCAAGCCCGCUUUCCUAGCACCUUCAGCAUCCUCAAAGAAUUCAACUCUUAUGGGUUUUGGGGGCGGCUGUCACGGGGCUACUAUCGGGGUUUCUGGCCUGUCCUUGCCAGGAACAGCCUGGGGAGUGCUCUAUACUUCUCCUUCAAGGACCCCAUCAAGGAAGGCCUGGAAGAACAAGGUCUGCCCCACUGGGUUCCUGCUUUGGUGUCAGGUAGCGUCAAUGGAACAAUCACCUGCCUAGUUCUGUAUCCUCUGAUCGUGCUUGUGGCCAAUAUGCAGUCCCAUAUUGGCUGGCAGGACAUGCCUAGCCUAUGGGCCUCUGUCAAGGAGGUAUGGGAUACUCGGGGCCGAAAGAUGUCCCUGAUCUACCGUGGGGGUUCCCUGGUCAUCCUAAGGUCCAGUGUGACCUGGGGCAUCACAACUGCAAUCCAUGACUUCCUACAGAGGAAGUUCUACACCAGGAAAGAGUUCAGAGACUGACCACUGCUGAAAGGGUGGGCAGGGCAUUUGGGGUUGGUUCUAUGUAGCUUUCUUCUUUGGCUUGGGUACCUAAGACAGCCAUCUGUGAGCCGUCACUGCAUGGCUGAUGUUCCCAACUACCAGCCUGUUGGACACAAACAAAAUCCAACACGAUUCCUUGGACAGAAAGAAAAACUCACCCAAGUCUAUCUACAGCUUCAGUAGCCUCACACUCUGCAGGCCUUUAAAAAACUGUAACCCAGUUGAAAUAUCACUACUUUUAGGGAUAUCUCGAGAAUGAGAGGAAACUUCAAAGAAUGACCUUAAUCAAGUCCUGAAAGUUCUGGGUCCCUUGAAUUGCCCUCUAAACUAAACCAAAUGGAGGACCAGAAACUCCAGUUUCAAAGAGCUUCCCUUGAGCCUUAUGAUGAGAAACUCCAUAAAACUGCUCAGAUGACAACAUUUCCAUGACGUUGUUUAGGACCCCUACCACCAUGACCACCACCACCCCACUUUACAAGACUGUGGGUCCUAGUUUCAAAGGUACCACUAUGGCUGGAAAUCAUAAAUUGGACUUUCCUAAACUGAUCAGAAGGAGCCCUCUUGGCCCAAUGGGCUGCUAAAGAUUGCAGUCCUGGAAACACUAAGCAGAAGUUCUACUCUAUCUUACAGGGUCAUUGUGUAUAGAAAUCCACUUGAGAGCGGUGCAUAAACUGAACACAGGCCACAAAAACUGGUGGAACUAAAGACGGGAGUGGAAAGAGGCAUGGUCUCUGGAUGGAAAGAAUAAAGACCUUGAGGAAGUGAUUUACUUGGAUGCAAACAAGGAAAAUCUAUAAGUUGCUUGGCUUUAUCUGCUAGGACAUUUGUUAGAGCAAAGUGAUAACAUUGCCUAGAAACCACUUGUUUUUCCCUAAGGGAUCUGGAAAUGAAAGGAUCCUAUCUUUUCACAAGUAAUUGCAACUUUUAUUGCUGUGGGUAGAUACAGUUACCAAGCUAUAGAUUGCAGAUUAUGUGACUUUUGGAGGAUUCCCGGUGGCAUAGUGGGUUAUACACUGGGCUGCUAACCACAAGGUCAGAAGUUUGGAACCACAGCCACUCUGUAGA